AUGGAGCGCGGCGGCGACACGGGCGGGUGGCGGCUCCGCGCCACCGCCGCACAGCGCGACCGCCGCCGGCCGCCGCCGCGAGAGGACGGCGACCCCGGCGCGGGCGGCAAGAAGCGGGGCGGGCGGCGGCCGCUGCUGCCGCUGCCCGAGGCGCGGGGGGCGCCGCUGGUGCUGCUGUACCUGCUGGGGCUGCGGGCGCUGGCGCAGGUGUCGCACCGGCAGCUGCUGAGCCGCCCGCCCGCCGCCGCCGGGCCCCGCGACUUCAGCGCCUCCCGCGCCAGGGGAUAUCUUGACAACAUUACAGCAAUUGGGCCCAGAACAGUUGGAAGUCCAGAAAAUGAAGUUCUUGCAGUUAACUACCUCUUAGAACAAAUCAGGGGAAUAGAAAGAGAAAGCACAGAUGCUCACAAGAUAUCUGUAGACAUACAGAGGCCCACAGGCUCCUUCAGCAUUGACUUUUUAGGGGGCUUUACUAGUUACUAUGCAAACAUAACCAAUGUGGUAGUGAAGCUGGAACCUCGCAAUGGAGCUGAGCAUGCAGUGUUAUCCAAUUGUCACUUUGAUUCCGUACCAAAUACCCCAGGUGCCAGCGAUGAUGCUGUUAGCUGUGCGGUGAUGCUUGAAAUACUUAACACACUUUCAAAGUCAUCACAGUCCCUGCAGCAUGCUGUCAUAUUCUUAUUUAAUGGUGCAGAAGAAAAUAUUUUACAGGCUAGUCAUGGCUUCAUUACACAACAUGAGUGGGCCAAGUCAAUCAGAGCUUUUAUUAACCUGGAGGCAGCAGGUGUAGGAGGAAAAGAACUUGUUUUUCAAACAGGACCUGAGAAUCCUUGGUUGGUACAAGCAUAUGUAGUUGCAGCCAAACAUCCCUUUGCCUCUGUGGUGGCACAGGAAAUAUUUCAGAGUGGCAUUAUCCCGGCAGAUACUGACUUCCGUAUCUACAGGGAUUUUGGCAAUGUUCCAGGAAUAGAUUUGGCUUUUAUUGAAAAUGGCUACAUUUACCAUACAAAAUAUGACACAUCAGACAGAAUUUUGACAGAUUCCAUUCAGAGAGCAGGUGACAAUAUUCUGGCUGUCCUAAAAUACCUAGCUACAUCAGAAAAGUUGGCUAAAUCUUUUGAGUAUCGACAUGGAAAUGUUGUGUUCUUUGAUAUACUUGGUUUAUUUGUCCUGGCUUAUCCUGCUCGUGUUGGCACAAUUAUGAACUAUAUUACAUCAGCAAUUGCUUUUUUUUAUUUAAGCAAAAAAGUAUUACAGCCAAAACCCAGAGCUGUUCAUAACCUGAAGAAGUUACUGACUGCAUUCAGCUUAACGCUGACGAGCUGGGUGUGUGCACUGGUGGCAGUCCUCAUGGUAGCAGUGUUUGUCUCCUUCAUUGGACGGGCUCUUUCUUGGUACACCCAUUUCUAUGUUUCCGUGUCUCUCUAUGGCACUGCAGCUGCAGCUAAGCUCAUUCUUGUGCACAUGCUAGCCAAGAAGUUCUUCUACAAGAAUGUGAAUGAGCAGUUCCUGGGAGAUGUUUUUUUUGAUGCCUCAUUGAUGAUUUGGUCAAUAGUAUUGGCUGCGAUGACUCAGAUGGGCCUUUGUUCAGCAUUCAUUUGUACAUUGUGGGUAGCAUUUCCUUUACUCACUAAGCUGAUGAUCCACAAGGAAUUCAGCCAAAAAGGUGCCACAAUAAAGUUUAUUGCAAUGUACAUGCUGGGGAUGUUUGUUCCCUAUUUGUAUAUGCUGUAUCUUAGUUGGACUGUGUUUGAAAUGUUUACACCUGUCAUGGGACGAAGUGGUUCAGAAAUUCCACCAGAUAUGGUGUUGGCAGGAUUUAUUGUGAUCUUCACUGUAAUCCUGUCUUCCUAUUUUAUUAACUUCAUUUACCUUGUCAAAAGUACCAAAACGACGCUAGUAACUUUAACUACUGUGUUUGUAGUCACUCUGAUUCUCGUUUGUAGUGGAAUCUUCUUUCCUUACAGUUCUGAUGCAGCUAAUCCAAAGCCUAAGCGAGUCUUUCUCCAGCAUACGAGCAGAAGAUUUCAUGAUCUAGAUGGAAAUGUGGUUAAAAGUGACUCUGGUAUAUGGAUCAAUGGGUUUGAUUAUAAUGGAAUAUCUCACAUAACUCCCCAUGUACCUGAAAUCAAUGACACCAUUAGAACUCCGUGUGAGGAGCAGGCUCCCUUCUGUGGCCUUCCUUGGAUUCUGCCAGUCCAUUUCAUGUUCCGGAAAAACUGGUAUCUUCCUGCUCCGGAAAUUUUGCCAAGAAGCCCCAUUCAGUUUAAACUUCUGUCCAAGAAGCUGAUGCCUUGGAAUUCUGUGAGGUUAAGCUUUGAAGUAUCUGGCCCGAGCCACAUGUCCCUGUACGUGCGGCCGCGCGCGGGCUCCGCGCUGUCCCGCUGGUCACUCGGGGAUGGAAUGCCGGUCGCCAGCCUGGGGGGAGACUACUUUGUGUUCUACUCCCGUGGGCUGCAGGCAGCUCCCUGGCACUUCUGGGUGGAACUGACGGCCCCAGAAAAGCAUUCUGAUGGGAUAGUCUCCCUUGCCAUAGCAGCACAUUACUUUUUUGGGGAAGAUCAAAAGUCACCUCAACUCUAUGCCUUACUGGAGAGGUUUCCAAACUGGACGUUUUCUUCUGGCUGGUCCUGUACCUAUGACCUUUUUGUCUUUUAAUUUUGUCAGCAAUGCUGCAGGGCUGAUAGGGUUAUCUCUGAUGCAGCAUGCCCUUAUGGCAAGCACUUUCUAACAAGAUGCCAGAGACUUCAGCAAGAAUUUAAAAUACUUCAGCAAAUGGUGUUUCUUUGGCAGUUUGACUGUUUAAAGACUACUGCUGUCUUGGGGAUAUAAUGAUACUUUUCUGAAUGCAGUUCACCUUGGCUCUUCCACUGAAGUGGCAGUUUGGCUAGUGGGUUUCUUAAAAUGAAAACUGCACUUGACGAGGUAAUAUUAGUACAAUAAAUAGUGGCAAUUGUAA